AUGACCCGUGCUGAGUGCGUCGCCGUGUGGAAAGCUGCUCGAGACGGAGACGAAGCCAAACUAGAGCGAAUACUUGAUAAUACACACGGCACGAGAAGGACUAACAUUAUAAAUUGGAAACAUCAUAUUUAUGGUACCACGCCGCUCAUGGCAGCAGUUGAAAGUAAGUAUGGAGAGAGGAUCGUUUGGCAGCUUAUUGCUGCUGGUGCUGACGUCAAUGCUACUGACGACACGAGCCAAAAAAACACGGCGCUACACUACGCAGCAAUGACAAAUCAAAAUUCGCUGAUGGUAGACGCACUACUGACGUCCGACGCGGACGCAUUCGUAAUCAACCGCAGUGGCUUGUUACCAAUCGAUUUGGCAAGACAGAAUCGACGAGACGAUGCGGCUGCAGCGCUUUUGGAGCACAUGAAGGUGCAUAGCGGUUGGAUUUAUAUGCGUGGCCGAUUUCAUUGGAAAAAGCGUUGGGGUGUUGUGAUUGCCUGUAACAAACAACGCACAUCAAGAGAAUUGUGUAUAUUCCGGCGUCCAGGAAACCUUCGUCCAGAAGCCGUGCUUCUGAUUGAUGAAUCUGCUCGUGCGUCAUCUCAUGUCUCCAACGCAAAAUUCUUUUGGUUAAAGCGUUGGUACGCGUUUACUUUUGAUAAACCUGUCAUGUGGCAGUGCGUUAAACGACAGAAGCUCACCCGCUCACCCAUUUGUCACAAAACCAUGAGCCUCGAUGAUGUUCAUAUAAAGGAAAUCGUAUUUGCUGCGAAUAAUUUUCACAAUCUCGAGUGUUGGCAGCGAGUCUUACAAAGUGACAACUUUUAUGAUCCUGAGACAGGAGCCCCACUCUAUGGAAUGUCGCCAUAUGAUGCACCUCAUGGCGAGCUUUACUACUGGCCGCAUGAACUUGUUCAAAACGUUCGCUUGUCGAUAAUGCGUCAACAAGAAGCACACGAAGGUAAUAACGAAGCUUUGAGUGAGCGAUCGGGCCUUCGAUCGGAAAACGAAGAACUGCUUGCCGAUAUCUUACGAGGAUUGGAUGAGUCCAAUGAAGCUGGUGGCAGUAAUCAAACAUUCGUUCAAGCUCCAAAAACUGUAGAGGUAGCUCAACCACCGCAGCAACCUCUUUCAAAUAGAGGAGAUCGGAGCUAUCGAAGUGGAAACAGUUUUGAAACAAUCCAUCCAUCUUCCCCACGAUUUAAACAGCGAAAUGACGAAGACCUUGCUUUGUGUCCAAAGUGUUACUCGCGAGGAAGAAAUGCAUCUGCCGAGUUCGAUUGCACUCCAUCAUGA